AUGGGAUCCAGUGAAACGGCCUGCUCGCUUUUCAAUAUUUGCCUGGGGAUCUUCCUCGAACAAGACCCAACCAUUGGUCGGGUGGUUGCACUUGACGAAGCACAUAAGGUAUGCAACUCUGCCAGGCUUAGGGAUGUUUCUAAUAAGCAGGCCCAGAUUUUCACAGAAACACUACUAUCAGCAGUUCGUCUUCAACGACACCUUGGAACACGAGUUAUCAUCUCUACCCAAGAGCCGACAAUCUCGACCGAUUUGUUGAAUCUAUGCUCUGUUACAAUUGUUCAUCGAUUUACCUCCCCCGAAUGGCUCCGAACGUUGCAAAAGCAUCUUGCCGCAGCUGCAUGCAACCUUUUCUCUUCAAAGAGUGGCUUUGGCAAUAAUGGCAGCGAGGUGGAAGAACCGGGGGAUGAGAAGGAGUCUCCCUCGGCGUUUGACAUUAUUGUCCGUCUUCGCGUUGGCGAAGCAUUGUUAUUUGCGCCGAGCGCUAUUGUCAAGGUUGGAACACUGGAGGAUGGCCGGGUGGAGUUUCACCGACUUGGUUCCGACUUCUUGCCUAUAAAAGUGCGGGAACGAUUGACCUCUGAUGGUGGAAAGAGUGUCCUUUCGGUUUGA